AUGGCAUCCUCUGGCAAGCCUGCUCUGGACGAUUCCCGUCGCACUACGGGAUCACCGAAAAUGAAGACCCGAGAGAACGCGAAAGAUACGUUAUGCCGCAAUGUGACCAUCUACGGCCGGUGUCGCUAUGAAGAUAAAGGCUGUGCUUUCAAUCACGAUCCCCAGAAAGUCAACGCGGCACACCAGUCGGACAGCAAUAAGAAACGAUUCAACGUGGACUCACCGAGUUUUACACCCUCCCUUUUAUCGGGAAAUGGCGCCUCUGCAUCCAAAAAAUCCACCAUCUCCCCGAAAGCUGCCAGCGCGGCCCCAUUUCAACCCAGAGUUGCCGCAUCCCGUAUGCACUCCGACCCGGACCCAUAUUCAUCCCCGCUGACUGCCAAAGGCUCCAACGCAAGUACACCGAGACAAGAAGUAGGAGCUCCUGAUUGGACGACAGUGGGGGAGGUGCAGGAGUUUGUCCCGCAGGGCUUUGAUACGCACGUGACACCUCUCCAAGGCAACGGGAACGGGGCCAUUGCGGCCGCUGGGUUCGACCCAUUCGUGACAGCUUCGCCUCUUUCUGCCACGGGUGGCGUUGGGCCUGUUUCCACGAAUCCCUACGCACAUGAUGCGGCCGCUCUAGGAGGAGCUACUUUUUUCGCAAGCCAAACCGGCUUCCAACAACCAGUCCAAUACCAUCUUUAUGCACCUAUUGGCCCUCACAAUCAGAAUACGCUUGGCUACCAACGCAAUGUUCACGACCUCUUCCUCCCAAACGAUUUCCGAGAAGAGCUGCAGAAGAAAGCUGCGGCUACUUUACAAACAUUACCUAACACACAACUCCCCGCACAAGUCGACUAUUUCCACUCCCUCGUGCCAUUGGAUUUAAGCCAUCAGAAGAAUGCAACGACCUUCGGCUACCCUAGCUGGGUAUAUAAGGCACAGUCGAGCAAGGAUGGAAAUUUCUAUGUACUCCGUCGGCUUGAAGGAUUCCGCUUGACCAAUGAGAAGGCCAUCCGAUCCGUCCAAGCCUGGAAGCGUAUUUGCAGCGGCAGUGUGGUAACAGUCCACGAUGCAUUCACUAGCCGAAGCUUCCAAGAUAGCUCGCUUAUCUUUGUCACGGACUACCACCCGCUUUCCAAAACACUGUCCGAGCAACAUCUGGGAACCGGAAACCGUUUCCAGGGCCGCCACAACACGCACAUCCCUGAGCAGGUUCUCUGGGGCUACAUGACUCAGAUCGCUAAUGCGUUGAAGGCAAUUCACACAAACGGUCUUGCAGCCCGGGUGUUGGAGCCUAGCAAAGUGCUCCUAACAGGCAAAAACCGAAUCCGCCUGAAUUCAUGUUCCAUCCUUGAUGUGGUCCAGUUUGACACUCAACGGUCCGUCGCGGACCUCCAGCGCCAGGAUCUAGUCAAUUUUGGACAAUUGAUUGUCACACUGGGUGCCAACUCGCCGAAUGUGAUGCACAACGCCACCAAGUCCAUGGAGCAUUUCACACGUGCAUACAGCCAGCAGAUGAAGAAUUCGGUCUUCUGGCUAUUGGGCGGCCUCCAGAAGGACCAGGAACGUAGCAUCGACACUUUCAUCACUGGAAUUUCUUCCCAGCUCAUGUCGACUUUUGACUCGGCGCUGCACUUGGAUGAUCAGCUUACAUCCGAUCUCAGCCGUGAGCUUGAGAAUGGCCGUCUAGUGCGUCUGAUGACUAAAUUGAAUCUUAUCAACGAACGUCCCGAAUACGAUCAUGACCGACAGUGGUCCGAGAGCGGAGAGCGCUAUUUCUUGAAGAUAUUCCGAGAUUAUGUCUUCCACCAGGUGGAUGCCCAGGGUGACCCAGUGGUCGAUCUCGGCCACGUGUUGACUUGUCUGAACAAGCUCGAUGCCGGUACCGAUGAGAAGGUUACACUGGUCAGUCGGGAUGAACAGAGCUGCUUCAUUGUCAGCUACAAGGAGCUCAAGAAAGCGCUUGAGUCUUCUUUCCAAGCACUAAUGAAGCCGACAAGAAGACUGCACUAA